GAAAGCAUCAACAUCACCCUUUAACCUAAAGUAUUAAAAUGUUGGUUUAUUAUUAUUACUCAUAGCUCAAAACCCAAUUUUACCCUACCAAUUAAGGUCUCUCAUACAGUAGUAUUUUAUUUGCACUACGUACUGGCUACUUUAUUUAUUUAAGCAGAAGCAGGUGAGUGAGUGAGUGAGCAAGAGUGAAGAGCGAAGAGAAUGGCUCCCAAGGGUUUAAUCUUUUUGGCUGUGUUAUGCUUCUCAGCACUGUCACUGAGUCGUUGUCUUGCGGAGGAUAAUGGACUUGUUAUGAACUUCUACAAGGAAUCAUGCCCUCAGGCUGAAGACAUCAUCAAAGAACAAGUCAAGCUUCUCUACAAGCGCCACAAGAACACUGCUUUCUCCUGGCUCAGAAACAUCUUCCAUGACUGUGCUGUUCAGAGUUGUGAUGCUUCACUGUUGCUGGACUCCACAAGAAGGAGCUUGUCUGAGAAGGAAACAGAUAGAAGCUUUGGGUUGAGAAAUUUCAGGUACAUUGAGACCAUCAAAGAAGCUUUGGAAAGGGAAUGCCCAGGAGUUGUUUCCUGUGCUGAUAUCCUCGUUCUCUCUGCCAGAGAUGGCAUUGUUUCGCUAGGAGGUCCCCAUAUCCCUCUUAAAACAGGAAGAAGGGAUGGUAGAAGGAGCAGAGCCGAUGUGGUAGAGCAGUUCCUCCCAGACCACAAUGAAUCCAUUUCUGCAGUUCUUGACAAGUUUGGUGCCAUGGGAAUUGACACCCCCGGCGUAGUUGCAUUGCUUGGAGCACACAGUGUUGGUCGAACCCAUUGUGUGAAGUUGGUGCACCGUUUGUACCCAGAGAUUGAUCCAGCUCUGAACCCUGACCACGUCCCUCACAUUCUGAAGAAGUGCCCUGAUGCCAUUCCAGACCCUAAGGCCGUGCAGUACGUGAGAAACGACCGUGGCACCCCCAUGAUUCUAGACAACAAUUACUACAGAAAUAUAUUGGACAACAAGGGCUUGUUGAUAGUGGAUCACCAACUAGCCAAUGACAAGAGGACCAAGCCUUAUGUGAAGAAAAUGGCCAAGAGCCAGGACUAUUUCUUCAAGGAGUUUUCUAGAGCCAUUACUUUGCUCUCUGAGAACAACCCUCUCACUGGCACAAAGGGUGAGAUCAGAAAGCAGUGCAAUGCUGCCAACAAGCACCAUGAGGAGCCUUAAUUGCUUCCCGCUUAAUUUGGGCCUUGAAUUUUCUUCCCCUUCUCUAUGUGGAAGAAAUCUGUAAGAUAUUAUGCAAAAAAUAAUUAAGGUGUUUUUCUUUAAAUGGGUUGGUUGAUUGGUUCAAUGAACCGAUCAAGACCACAGCAGGUUCAUGGGGAUGCGAGGAUUAAGACGCUUUGUUUUUUAAUCUUCCGAUGUCACUCUUGUUUGUUAGUUUGUUUUUUUAUUUUUUAUUUCAAUAAGUACUGUGCAAGUAGGUUAGAGUUGGGUAGAAGGGCAUGUUCAUGGUGUUAAUUACUAUGUUAUGUAUGCAUGUGAGUGCUGCUAUCGAUGGCAAGAUGUCAAUGUAUGCGUGUAGUGCUGUUAUCGAUGAGAGUGAAAAUGUUUAUGAUAUCCACACUAAUAAAGCUAGCUUGUUCUUGCUACAUAAUAAAUAAAUCAUGGCCCACGGUCAUUAUACACUGUUAA